AUGAAGUCGAAGAAGACGAAGACAAGAGAGAGGAGACGGUGGUUAUUCAGAAAGUUGACGAAUCAUGACUCUCCGGUGAAACCCUCCGGCGUCGGAAAAGAUAUAUUUGUACCAAAAUCUACAGAAACGGCGACAAUCAAUACAAAUGCUUCAUCCGGUGUUUCAGAACAGAGACACGUCGCAACCACCACCGUCUCCGCCGUAACAGAAGCUUCUCCGGCGAAAACAGAGCUACCAAAUCUCAGAACUCGGACUUACACGGCAAGAGAAAACUUUGCAGCUAUUGUAAUCCAAACUCGCGUUCUUGCCAAUCUCGUGUUCUUGAUCUAA